ACUUAAUAUUUAGCUACUCCAACUUCGAGCUGUCAGUCACUUACACUAAAUUUGUAAACAAAUGAAAAUCACCAGAAUUGCGUAUUUACAGUCAAAAGUUAAAAACAAAGAAAUCAUAACAAAGUAAUAUGGAUAUAAAUCAUCGACUAAUAGAGGCCGUGCGACAGUGUCCUUUGCUUUACAAAAGCAAUGCAUCAUUAUCUGAUCGUAGAUGUGGUUGGCAACAAAUCGCUCAACAAAUGAAAAUGCAAGAGGCACUGUUAAAGACACGUUGGCACUUUUUACGUGAACAUUACAAACGUAAUGCUAUCGCAGACAAUCAAUUAGAGUCUAAUCAGUUCCCCUACAAAAAAGAAAUGGAAUUUCUAUUGCCAUAUUUGCGUCCACCACCCAGGGAAGAAGAACAAAACGAAGCUGUAUAUAUGCCAGAAGGCGUUUUAAAGCCAGAGUUCGUUAUCACUGAAAAGGAUUUGGAGAACGAUAGCGGCAAUGAGGAAUAUGUCUUUCUGGAAGUAGAGACGCUUGGCCCUGAAUACGAAACGUCCAAUGUGGUAACUGAACAAAUAAGUGCAAAUGAUCUUAAAAAGGAACUACAACAAGAGCAAGAGCAACAGCAUGAGGAAUAUGAAACCGAGGAACUUACACAUUUUGAAAUGGAAGUACAUGUCAAGGAGGAAGAAAUAGAAAAUAAACGGACAUGCGAUGUUCAACAAAUCGACCAAACACCCAUGAAAGAAGACGCAAAGGCUACUUGCAAUAGGAAUGGAGCCAAGGAGGACGAAGCUGUGCGCAAUCAAAUCCAAGAGGCUUCAGAGGAAAAGCGUGAUAAAGUAGAAGUUCGGGAAGGCGAUAGCAGUAGUGACAACGUUACCAAUAACAGCGAUCGCUGUGAAGAUGCUAUUUUCGGUGAAUUGGUAUUUGCAAUGUUAAAGAAAAUGCCAGCAGAAAAAAAACGUAACGUUAAGCGUGACAUUAUGAAUUUACUACUGACAUAAAUUGAUUAGAGUGGAUAGCAAUUGCAAAAGAUGACUAGAGAAAUCUUUAUGCAUUUUAAUUUUAAGUUAUUUAAACAACUAAAACUAUAUUCAUACAAUAAGAUAAAAACAGACUUCUAGAUUUAAUGUAUUUAGAACAAUUCAUAAUUUAUAAUCUUAAAAGAUGUAUGUACCAUAUACCAUAUCCGAUUAUUAGUCGUUUUCAUAUAAAAGUUUGUAAAAAAUAUAUGUAGAUAAUGCUAAUGCACAUCUUAAAGUUUUAAUUGGUACAGUUAAAUAUUAUGUUAAAUUUUCUAUUCUGCUUAUAGCGAUAAUUUCCACCAAAAAAAAUUUGUAUAUUAAAUUAAGCAUCGUUUCCAAGAA